AUGAGUGCGACGUUAAUAAAGAGAUCGCCGUCGAGACAAGACAUUCCUAUCACGCCGAGCGUGGUGUCGCUACACCAGCUCGAUCUAGACAGCGAUAAGGAAUUCGCCAAGGUGGGCGCUCUGAGGUCAUCGUCAGCGGAACUUCCAAGGAUUGGGUACCUCAAGCGUGAGGCGGCACAGAUUUUCAAGCGCGUGCGCUCGUUCGGGUCGUUUCAAGACGCUCUGGUGCCCGAUAUCGACGGAUACUCGGACGAUUACUCGGAUGAAGAGGACGAUGACGACGAUUCGUGGGGUCUCACCGGGUAUGUCACCGACGCUAGCGAGUUCGACCGCAUCUUGAUCUCUCUCUGGGAAGAUCGAUUCGCGGGCGGUUUGUUUCGGUACGACGUCACCGCAGUGAGCACUAAGGUGAUAGAGGGGAAGAAGCAAUACGUCGCGCAGUUCAACAUCGGUCGCGCUACAAACAAGCGUCCGACUGAGUUCUCAGUGGACAAGGUUUGUCAAGACUUCGACCCAAACAAGUUCAACUUCACAAAGGCGGAUCUAAAAGAAGUACUCUUCUCCUUCACAAAUAUCGGCGAAGCGGAUGAGAACGUUACUCGCAGCGUGUUCGAGCCGAACGCGUCCGUGGGAGAGAGUCCGACCGUGGUGUUGAUCAACGUAUCUCCGAUUGAGUAUGGACACGUGCUGCUCUGCCCACGCGUGACAGAUAUGUUACCGCAGCAAAUUAGUCCGGACAAGUUACUCCCCGCUUUAUACAUGGCGGCUGAGUCGAGAAAUCCAUACUUCCGA